GCAGCAUUUAUGCGAUUCUACACACAUGAACCUUUAAUAAAGCGGAGCAAGAAGAUUAUAAGAUGGCAGCUGAGCGUGUGGUUUAUUAAUCGAAUGAUUAAUUUAGUUCUACGACGAGACGAUGCAGCCCUCUGUCGUAAAAACGACAUGUUCAUGCGAUCUCAAAAAAGACGUACUCGGGACGUCUAUACCGACCUACAUGGUCUAUGGGUGGUUGCACGCAUAUGGAGAAUUUUUGUCUAAGGAUACUUCAGUGUGUUGUCCCGCGUCUUAUAAGAAGUGUGUAGUAAGUGUGUGCUGGAAAUAAAAUCAAUUAUUCUAAAGCUGUUGGUGGAUUCUAGUAACUGGAGGUUCUUGAGUUCUGAUUGGUGGAAGGACUGGUGGUGGGGUCUGCGAAUACUGCAAACUCGUUGAUUGGCUGCGGCCAACGGACUUGGGAACUCUAUAUAAACCGAGCGUUUUCUGGCUCGAGGUUCCAUUGCCAUUGAGUAAGCCGAAGGCUACGCUUCGUGGUUAUGCGCAUAUCCGGGGUUUCGUCGCAGUAUACUUACGGGCUGUUCUACGCGUCUUCAAAGAAGUGUGUUGUACGAGGUGACAAACUAUACCACGUAGGAAAAGUAACUGAAAGUCAAUUGUCAGCGAAGACUUGGAAUACCUUUCCUUUUGGUGGUCAAAAAGGGUGGCGACCGGCAUCUCACAGAUUGUCCUUGUUUCUUAUGGUCGAUCUAGGAUUUCCAAUUCAGUGCGAGUACGAAUCAAGGACCGCCUUCUGUCGGAUAACUGCACGAAUCAGCUAAGAAGCCCAGGAACAUCACCUGGAACAAACCUCCUAGGUAAAAGAAUGGCAACCGUGACAGGACGCAAAGUUUUCUAAAAGUGAUUACUGCCGCGAGAAAGAAAUUAAAAAGUCGCAAAGCGGAUUGUGGAUGAAACCUGCUGCCGCGGAAAAUAAAUUAGUAAGUGUUUCGUCACGGUUGUGAAAUUAUUGACUUCUGCGAAAAUUUAAAGUUCUCGAAAUCUUUACAAAAUCGAAGUAAGUCAUGGUUGUGAAAGUGUUGAUUUCUGCGCAAAUAAAAUUCUUGUCUCGACGUAUUAGUUAUUAAAAUGCGACUGAUAUGCGAGGAUAAUAUGGUAAUAUUGUCGAUCUAUCAGCGAAUUCAUGAUGAUAACUUAUGUAGUAAUUUAACGCGUGUCAUACCAAAUAGGGAAUUAAAUGAUGAAUUGAAUGAAUUCAAACUAAAAAUGGAAAGUACUGAUCAGAACUUAGUAGAAUUUGAACCGAAUGAUAUUGAUAUUAAAUACGAAAAUGUUCUAUUUUGGGAUUCCUUAUCGGAUAAGUCAAAUCAAUGUAAUUCACCAAUAAAGAAAAAUGAAGAACUGUUGCUUCUGUCAGCCAUUAAAAAAGAGCCUGGCGAAGUUAUUGAAAAUAAGAAUGAGAACCUCAAGCGAAAAAGAGGAUAUAUCGAACAUGAGCACCACUGUAGCAUGGUCGCAAGAGUGGGAAGAAAGGAGUGGCCUGACAAGCGGUUAUGCGCAGAACGAUGCGUAGUAGAGGAUAGAGGCGUGCAGAGAGCAACAGGCGGUCAGCCAAUCAGUAGUGAAGCAGCAAGCAUGAGCGAAAGACGAGAGCCCGACAAAAUGGCGGCUGAAGAAGAAUUGGAUCGCGCGUUAAAGGAGGCGAAGAAGGCUGAGAUGAAACUGAGGAAUAAAUUGUUGCAAAAACAAUUAGACACGAAUAAGUGUUUGGAACAGUUAAUUGCGGAAGUGGAAAAAACUAAGAUGCUGGUCAAGACCAGACAGCGUUUACAAGCAAGGCGUAAUCAAGAAUACCUAAAGGACAUUCAACAAGGUUACCAACUCGUUAAGAGAAAGGUACAAUCGCAACAACCAUUAUCUGAAAAGGGUAAAAUGACGACGACAACGAGGGUCAAAGGAAAGAAAGACCAAGAAAAUGAAGAUUCAACAGCGUCAUCGGACACGGGGAACGUUCGAGAUGGUGGAAGCCAAGAAGAACAACAACGAAGGGUUCAGCGGUUAUGGGUUAGCCGGCAACAAGAUGAGGCAAUUGAGAUUGAAUCAGUGCAGGAGUUGGUCCAGGAAAAAGAAUCUAUUCCUAUAGGAGACAAAGAUUCUGAUAGUGGAAUAGUUGUUCAAGUGGUAGAUAGCAGUAUUGCAGAAACAACGUCACAGGAAAAAGAAAAUAACCGCAAUAAUCCGAGAUAUAAUCUAAGGAAGAACAGGCGUAUACCAAUAAUUACUGAUGUGGGGAUUAUAAAAGCAGCAGAUCACGUGAUAGCUCAAGAAAAUAGAGUGGUGCCGCAAAAAUUUAAGAAUUAUGGACAGCCACUAUCAUCGAAGAGUAUGCGAAGACAUCAAAGGUGGGCGAAAAGGGACCGUGAAGCAGAAUACAUUAAAAAGGUACAUUAUAAAACCCGAAAAAGGUAUUCUGAAAAGGCUAAGCAGACAAGGGAAGAAAAACGAAUUAAAACCCUAAAAGUACAUGGAUCUCCUGAACGUGACGCCAUAGAACUGGGAAGUUCCAACGAGGACGAGGAUGAACCAAGCAUCAAGGAAGAACCUGGAACAUCCAGAGAGACAAUUCAUGUUGUGGAUAGUGAAUAGCAUAAGCGAAAAUCUCCGGUAGAAUAUAGUUCGAAUGAGGAAAGCAGCUUCUCCAGUGCAGAAACUCAUUUACAUUCACAAAUCACAACAGAAAUACGAAAGACAUUAUUGAUAUGAUUGACUAUUGAUCAAGAGAUGUGAUUAUAUUUCGUGGCUCUUUCUUCGAGAUUACAACGUAGUACUGCCUGCCGCCGCCGGAUGUCACCACGGAUUCAGAGAAUAAGUCUAAAACUUUUUUCAUGGUAUACGACGCACUUCCUCGUACUCCAUCUUCAUAUUGUUCUUGGUGCUCCAAAGAUACAACCACGCGUUAUUUGCUUUCCUGUUAUAUACUGCGUUUUAAGUAGUAUUUCGUAGUUAUUUGAAGAGGAUGGACGAUCCAAAGGGAGGAUCAUACUCGAAUGAUAAGGAUAAAGAAAACCGAGAGAGUAACAUCGAAACUAUCAUGAAGAAAUUACGCGAAGUUCAACGCAGGUUAGAUCGCGUUGUACGCAACAAAGACAAAAGAAGUCGGGAAGAGACAAAUUCUUCCGACAAUAGUCAAGGUAAUUCCUCUUUUGUUUUUUAUCUUUAUAUAUGUCCCUAGGAGAUGACUAUACCUGACUUAAAUUCAGAAUGUCCUUCUCAUGUAAUUGGUAGAACUCGAAAUAUUACGAGGCAUCCAAUUCAUUUACUUAGGAAUUCCUUUGUUUGGAAAGUAGGUCUUUCUUCAAGCAGGAAAUUUCAAGUAGUAAGAGUAGUAAGUAAAUUAAGAGUAGAGAACACAGUAGUUCUCAAAGAGGGAGGUCUAAGAGACGUAGUCAGUCGUCGGAUAGCAGUCAAGUUUCAGGUUAAGUGACAACAGCCUUGACAGUAUCACGACAAGUGGAUAAUCAAGUGCGUUCAGAGUUUCAAAAUACCAUACAGGAUGGUUUUUAAUCCAUUGAUGAGAUACCAGAGUCUCAAACUUCAGAAAUGGAGAUCAUCAAAAAUCAGGAUGCAACAAACAACAAUUCAUCUUUGGAUGAAGAGACACUGCGACUGCUCGGAGAGGACAUAAAUCAGGAAAGUUCUAAAGAAUUUUCUGUACAGCAAGACAUAGCACGAAUGUAGAAUAUCUGGAUCUCAUCAGGCCUCGAAAAGGAAAAAGUCGAGGAUCUAUUGAAGAAAUAUCCUCGCUUGGGCAAUUGUAACUUGGAAGCUCACAAGGUAAAUCCAGAAAUAAAAGCAGUGCUGUCAGAAAUCACUUCCAAAAGGGAUAAUCACUUUGUGGAUUUCUAACAGAUCAUGGGAUCGGCUAUGGUGGCGCUUGGUAUCGCCCUCUCGAUACUUUUGGAAGAAAAGAAAGAAGAGAUUGAUAAGUUUACAUUAAUAGAAAAUCUAGGACAUGUUGGGAAGCUCUUAGCCGCUGCAUAUUUUAAACAAUGAAAAACUAGAAGAGUUUUUAUAUCCCCGGUAAUCAGUAAACCAUUGAGAGUGGUUAUCGAUAACUCAAAACCAGGCAGUUUCCUGUAUGGUUCAGAAUUACAGUCAAAAAUCAAAGAUGCGAAAUCAAUCGAAAAAAUUUGCAGCGAUUUAAAGAUCAAGCCUCAAGAGAAACAAGUUCCGGAGAAGUACACGAAGAAGCUGGUAAACUGGAAGAGCCCGUCUGCAAAUGAUCGAAAAGCGACGCAGACGGGCAGCAACCAGCAAACCCUCAAUAUCGACCAAUGUUUCCUCAGAAGAAACAGACUCAGUCACAGACGAGAUACCGGGAUAAUCGAGAAGCUGCGGAGUGACGUCCAGCGGCGAAACGUUAGUGGUAAGGACCGUCGCGGGAAACUUGAAGCAGCAUAGAGAAGAAUGGGAAAAAAUAACAUCAGACACGUUUAUUCUACAAUGCGUGAACGGCUUUGAAAUCCCGUUGAUAUAACCAGUAUCACAGGGAAAUUAUCAAUACAAGCAUAAGUGGUCACUUUCGGAGAGAUUAGCGCUAAGAGAAGAAAUAGGAAGAUUAUUCAAAAUUAAAGCAAUCGAGCCAUGCCAGGCUUCGGAUGAUCAGUUUCUAUCGCCGUUUUUUUGACUCCAAAACCAGACGAUUCAAAACGAUUCGUCUUAAGUUUAAAAAGAUUAAACGAGUUUAUUUCCAAAGAGCAUUUCAAAAUGGAAGAUAUUCGAACAGCGACUAAAUUGCUUUCCUGUAAUGCCUACAUGGAUUCGAUUAAUUUGAAGGACGCCUAUUUUCGCGUGUCGUUACACAUAAAUAGUAGAUAUUUAGUGCGAUUUGAAUUCGAAAAUAUGAUUUAUGAAUUCACUUGUUUGGUUUCUGGGCUCCUUAUGUCCGUGGGUUUUCACAAAGAUCAUGAAGCCAAUUUUGAAUGUUCUCCGCUUAAUGCGGAGUGAAACAGAUAUUUCUAUGUAUCCGUGUGUCACACGUACGAGAGCUUGAAGCGAGGAAACUUUGCACCCAAAAAUCUCUGUACAGAAAGCACUAUCAAUAAAUUGAUGACAUAAACCUGAAGCCUUCGGAUAAAGUAACUUUCCCUGUGGUGCCGGAUUUUUGAAUUAUUGCUUAGGAGACAUAUAAAAUGUAGGUAAAAAUUGAUACUGACAGCCUACGGACCUGUCAUGACGACCCAACGAUACCUUUGCCGUAACCUGUCUCACACUUAUCGCACUAUUGCACAGAACUACGGACGAAAAUCGAAAAAAGGGCCAUGCAGGGAAAGUUCUACAUCUAUAACCCUAACACCAUUUCAAUGGGAAUUGUUGUGGUGUAGCCGUUUACGAGAUUUUUGGGUAUUAACAUAUUGAACUGUCAAUACGCAGAUUUUCCUCGCCUAAAACUAUAGUCGUUUACCGCUACGAGCGCUCGUGUAUCAAUGACGUCAAUAUGCAGGGUUGCCUAUUAUGUGCAGUGCGCGAACGUAAUAAUAUUUGCUUUUUCAUUGUUGCGUAAUACCUAUUUUUUAUUAAAUUUCUCAUUGAUAAAAUGCUCAAUUGUUUGAAUGGAAUAUGAGAUGCGUCUAUGCGUCUAAACUAAUAUGAAAUAAAUGUUAUAUCGAAGCUAGACUAUCUUGUAUAGACUAUCUUGUACUCGAACCAACGACCCCGCGAUCACUGGAUGCGAGUUUUGUUUUUUAAGACCUUAUUUUCAAAUAACGUAAUGUACAUAUACAUAUGGAAAAGAUAUAUCAAUAUAUAAACGUACUUGUGUAACAAUUUA